UUCUAGUGGAAUAUUCCUAUAUUUGAACCAGAAAUCUCAGUUUUCUUAACACAUUAGCACAAACUUGCUGGACUUCACUGUUUGGUAACACAGAGCCAGCAAUAAAUCACCUAGCAGAGCACUUCCCUGAUCUCCAGCCAUUCCUCUUGGGAAGAGUUAAAAUGCAAAUUCUGCUCCAGAUGCAAUCAAAGACUCUGCAGGAUUAGCCUAAAGUAAAUCUCUCUGCCACAUGUGGAGGAACAGGUUGCUUGCUGAGGUCAGUCCUCAAUCUGCUGCUUUCUUUUCCUAGCGGAGUCUCAGCCACUGCUUCAGAUUUCUAUCCAGAAGGAAAGCCGAUCCAAGACAGAGCAGUAGACUGAAAGAAUGACUUUGAUACACCAUCACAUCUUUUUCUCUGGAGUUUUCCUGUGGAUUACACCAUUGUCAAGUGCUUUUCUCUUGGACAGAGCUACUGAACUGCUGAGUCUUUCCAACCGAAAUCAAACCGAGCACAUGUUUGGCACUGGGAUUCCCAGAAUCAGGAGGAAGCGUUACAUUUCUCCCAGAGACAUGAGCGCUUUAUUGGACUAUCAUAACCAAGUGCGGUCGAAAGUAUUUCCUCCAGCUGCUAAUAUGGAAUACAUGGUUUGGGAUGAGAGGUUAGCAAAGUCUGCAGAGUCGUGGGCAAAUCAAUGCAAGUGGGACCAUGGACCUAAUCAACUCAUGCGCUAUGUAGGGCAAAAUCUCUCCGUUAAUUCUGGCAGAUAUCGCUCAAUAGUGGAUCUUGUGAAAGGAUGGUACGAUGAAAGGCAACAUUAUUCAUUUCCCCAUCCCAGAGAGUGUAAUCCCAGCUGCCCUAACAAGUGCACUGGAGCAGUGUGCACACACUAUACCCAGAUGGUAUGGGCAUCAUCCAACAGAAUAGGGUGUGCCGUCAAUAUCUGCAGCAAUAUAAACGUCUGGGGCAGUACGUGGAGGCAGGCAUCAUUCCUAGUGUGCAAUUAUUCAAUAAAGGGAAACUGGAUAGGAGAAGCUCCAUAUAAGUUAGGGCGCCCUUGCUCUGCUUGUCCCCCCAGUUACGGAGGUGUCUGUAGCAACAACAUGUGUUUCUCAGGGGUGAAGUCCAAUAAGCUGACCUGGUUUUAAUAUGCUAUUGUUUUGAAUAUUUGGGGGCAGAGGGUGAUAUUUGGGGUGGCUACCAAUAAAAAUACAUGAAUAUAUAGUGUGGAUCCCUUUUUAAGGAGGCUAAACCUCCAUAAAUCUUCAUUAUUCUCCGCCUUUGUGAAUACUUCUGUAUGGGCUUGUUUUGUAUUUUCUUUUUUUUUACAUUUAUUUUCAAUCAGGAGUGGUGUGUUCCUAAAUGACUUCUCUUUUGUAUUGUGUAACAGCAGAAAAUACCUCAAUCCAACAUGGUGCGCACUACCAUUAAAAUAUUAUGUGAACAUCUAUAAGAUGGCAGUGAGAUUCUUUAGCCAAGCAAGAGCAAAAGCUCUGACUAUAUAACAGUAAUGUGACCCAAAAUUAAUGUGGGAUGCUGAACCAUUCCACAAGAAUUAGAGGUAUGGGAUCCGUUAUCCAGAAAGCUCCAAAUUACAGCAAGGCCAUCUCCCAUA